AAUUCACUUCACAUUCAGACUUGACAGUUGCUCAUUCUGAAACUCUCAAAGUGUCUCUGAGAGAGGGCUGUCAGUGUGAGGGUGGGGGGGUCAUUUUAUUUUGGCUUAAAUCUCAAGUUUAGAGUUUCUAAUAGCCAAGUUUAAGAAGCACACAUAAAGAAACAGGAUUGGAUUGGGAACACAACAGCAGUGCUAGAGAAGAAAUACAUCCACCCACCCUCCUUUGAUGAUGUCCACUGAGCAAAUGCAGCCACUGGAACUCUCAGAAGACAGACUGGACAACCUAGACCCUCGUUGCAGCCACUUAGAUGAUCUUUCAGACCAGUUCAUUAAGGACUGUGAUCUCAAAAAGAAGCCUAGAAAGGGAAAAAAUGUACAGGCCACCCUGAAUGUUGAAUCAGACCAAAAAAAACCAAGGAGGAAAGAUACACCGGCGCUGCACAUCCCACCUUUCAUACCAGGUGUGUUUUCAGAACAUUUAAUUAAAAGAUAUGAUGUUCAAGAGAGACAUCCAAAGGGCAAAAUGAUCCCUGCUCUUCAUAACACUGACCUGGAACAGAAAAAGCCAAGGAGAAAAGACACACCUGCCCUGCACAUGUCCCCCUUUGCAGCAGGUGUGACAUUGCUCAGGGACGAGAGACCCAAAGCAAUCGUGGAAGAUGACGAAAAGGAUGGUGACAAGAUAGCUAUUUAAAGAUAGUUCCCCUGAGACCGCUUGUAAAUAGGUUAGAUUGGUUCCCUGUGGUGACCUAGAGAAAAAAUAGACUUGUUUCUGCUCUCAUUUUUGUCAUCGUCUGACUUUAAGAUUCAGACACCUUCUCCCCAGGAGAUGUAUGCCAUCAAAUUGCCAGUCACCUCUUUGUCUCUCUCUUCUUUCUGAGUAUGGUUUCUAUUCUGUGUUUUGAAUUUUUAUUUUCUAAUGCAGUGGAAAAGAAACAGAUCAUCCUAAAUGAGGAGGUAACAGAGAAAGCACUGGGGUUCGGUUUCUGCAUCUUCUGGAUCAAUUCAUGGAGCAGAGAUGGUGGAUUACAUGGGCUCCUUCUUGGUUUUUGCUGCUGGGCAGGACUUGACUUAGCAUCAUCCAAGCACCAGUCCAAGUGGGGUUCCCUAUUGCCAGUUAGAGAGGUGAGAAAGUUUUGACUCUCACUCACCAAUUGCUUUGGAGACAAAGGUCUUUUAUUUCUCGUGUUCUAUCUUAAGAGUCCAAAUGUCUCUGGUGAUGUUCCUAUGUUCCUAAGAUGCUUGUCCCAGAUACUCUAAAUGUGAAUGUAUGAACUGGGGGAGUCAACCCAGCCCACCAUGCCUUGGCUGAUGAUACCAGAGGCAGAGAGUGCUGGUCUGUCUGGGAAGCUUAGCAAUGUAUCUUCAAAUUUAUUUUUGUUUUUAAAAAUAUUUCUUAAACAUGCUGUCCCAAUAUUUGUGAGCUGUGUCACAAGUGAAUCAUUAUCAAUGGUAGAUAAAAUAUCAAUGUUUGUGAUGAAUUUACUUUAAAAAAAUUAAGGUCAAUGAAAGCCAUUCUGUUAUUUUUAGCAUUCUCACUUAUUUAGACUCUAUUACACUUUCUUGGAUGAGAGGGGAGAGUGUGGUGUUAGCUAGUGUGCAGAGGUCUGUACAUUGUCCUUGCCCCAGCUUGCAAUCUGUGGAUGCCCAGGGGAAGGCAUACAGGCCUCAUCCACCAGGCAAUAGACAGGAGAGAGGUGAGAACUAUUUUUAGAAGGAGGAAAAGUAGAUACGCAAAUUGUCACAAGAGUGAUAAUUUGGUAGCUCUGUAUGUAUGCUGGUUCCAAAUGUUUAAUCCCUUCUGUCUUUCUGUUCUCACAAAGAUGGAAAAGAUGCAAGAGCUUGCCGGAAAUAAAGCUACAUCUAUCCACA